AUGACGUGGGCGAGGCUGGCCCGUCUGCCCCAGUUGUUGCUCGCUCCUGUUCCCCCUGCUCCCGUUGUUGCGCCGGCGGGGCCUGCUCCUGCUGGGGGAGUUGCUGUUCCCCCUGUCCCUGUCCCUGGCGCCCCCGUUGCACCUGCCGUUUCUGUUCCCGGCGGGCUUGCGCCGGCGUCUGUUUCUUCCCCGAAGGCGGCGUCCGCCACCACUGUCGGCCCGGCUCCGAUGGUUGCGCCACCGGGCGUGGACCAGCCUGCUCCCGCUCUGCUGCCGGCGGCCCCUGUAGUGCAGCCGAGUCGUCCCCAGUCGCCAGACUGGCGACUAUCACGCCCCCAUUCUCCUGCACCCCAGCAGGAGCGCGAGUCGACGCGGCGCCGGCGCAACUCUCCCCGGCGCUACCAGCAGCAGGCCCAGUGGCCUGCUCGUCACGGUGGCAAUGGGGGCUGGAGGGGUCCCCGCGGGGCGUUCCGCCCGCCUGUGACAAUGGCGGAUCUUCAGCGGGAGGUGUCGCGUGCCGUGCGCGAGGAGAGGGCGGCGCAGAGCCAGAGUAGUUCACUGCGGGCCGCGCCAGCGUACGUGGCUCCUCGUCAGACUGGGCCUCCCGUGGACCCUCCGCCAGCUGCUGCCUUUCCUCCUCCUGUCCUCGCCCCAUCGGCUCCUUCUCUUUCUCUUUCGGCGCCUGCUCCCGGCUCUCGUCUGCAUCUGCCACCGGUUUCGCCUGUUGCGGGAGUGGAGUUUGUUGCUGCGGGGGGUGGCGCUGCGGCUCAGCCGUCCCACACCCGUGACUGCUCUGCUCUGCCCGCUGGAGCGCGAAUGUUGCACGAGCCCCUCGUCCACGCGAUGGUGAUUGCCGGUGCUCUUGAGCCGUCGCCAGAGCUCGCUGCCUCCUGGUCGGCAAUGGUCGCCAGGCAUCAGUAUGAGCCCGAAAGGGAGACCACGGCAACGAAGCACCCUCUGCCUCCGGCUCCGAAGCCCUCGACAACAUCCUCUGAAAAGAUUCCUCACCCCGGACCCGCGGCUCUCCUUGUCGCGGAAGCGCCUGGUUCAACUGCUGUUGCUGUUCCAUCUACCCCGGCUGUGCGGGCUGAACCCCAGGCGUCCCCCGCAGCCCCGCCAGAGUCUGUCGCCGACCCCUCGGCUCCCUUGCCUGCGGGACUUGUCGCCGCGCCUGAGUUGCCGACUCCUGCCUCUGUCUCGUCCCCGCAGGCGGCGUCCGCCACCACUGGCGGCCCGGCCCCGUUGGUUGGCCCCCCGGUUGGGGGUCCGGCUGCACCUGUUGUGCCACCGACUGCUCCUGUGGCGCAGCAGUCUCGCCCGCCGUCACCCAGCCGGCGCCCAUCUCGCCCUCAUUCUCCCACUCCCCAGCAGGAUCGUCAAUCCUCUCGCCGCCGGCGUAAUUCUCCCCGUCGCCCGCAUCAGCAGGCCCAGUGGCACGCGAACCACGGCGGCCGCGGUGGCUGGUGGGGUCCCCGCGGUCGCGGAGGUGGUGGGGCGUACGAUCCGCCCGUGAGGAUGGCGGAUCUGCAGCGGGCGGUGUCAACUGCGGUGCGUGAGGAGAGGGCCGCCCUGACCCAAGGCAGCUCUCACGCUGUCGUGGCACGUGCUGCUCCUCGACAGGCUGAACUUCCUGUGGGCCCGCCGCCGGCUGCACCUGUCCCUCAUCAGAGUCCGGCCCCAUCGGCUCACGCUGUGGCUGCCUCUGCUCCUGUUCCUGGGUCUCGGCUUCGUCUCCCGCCCGUUCCACCUGUGGCGGGAGUUGAAUUUGUGGCUGCGGGGGUGGGAGCGCAGUACCCUCAUCACGGAGUUGGCGGUUCAGCAGCUCCUUCCCUCGAGGAGCCGUUUCAGUUUCUGGCCCAGGCACUACAGCCUCCACAAUCCCGCGUUCCAAAGGCGACUCUCGCCCAGCUCUUCCGCCUCGCGGAGAGCUUCCAUGCUCUGCUCCUAAUACAGGUUCUCGCGCAUUCGUCCCUUCCUGCAAUUCCCCCUGAGACGUUCCAGGAUCGCCACCGUGAGUCGUGUCUGGACGCAGCCGACCAGCUCGCAGUGCUGCUGGCGCCCGUGCUGGCUGCGCCCGUAGAGGGUGGAGUUGCGGCUGCUGGGCAGCUCGAUGAGGCUGUACGCAACGUGAGGCGCCAUUUGCGUGCAGGUUCUGGAGCCGCCGCGAUCGGCACAAGCACGCUUGUGGUCCGGGAGCUGUGGCGCUCCCUGACGGGCGUUCUUCACGCCCUGGGAGCUCACCGCAUGUAG